ACUUUAAUAUUAAAGUACUUCAGGCUUUUGUUGAACUCCAUGAAUUUGUGGAUCUCAAUCUCGUCCAAGCGUUACGGCAGUUCCUGUGGAGUUUUAGGCUGCCGGGAGAAGCUCAGAAAAUUGAUCGCAUGAUGGAGACGUUUGCUUCACGCUACUGCCUUUGCAACCCUGGGGUCUUCCAGUCUACAGAUACCUGCUACGUCCUCUCCUUUGCAAUCAUCAUGUUGAACACCAGUCUACACAACCACAACGUGAGAGACAAGCCAACAGCGGAGAGGUUUAUAUCUAUGAACAGAGGGAUUAACGAGGGAGGAGACCUCCCGGAAGAAUUGCUACGGAAUUUAUACGAAAGCAUUAAAAACGAGCCCUUUAAGAUUCCAGAAGACGAUGGGAACGAUUUAACCCAUACCUUUUUUAAUCCCGAUCGCGAAGGCUGGCUCCUAAAAUUAGGUGGACGGGUGAAAACGUGGAAAAGGAGAUGGUUUAUACUGACUGAUAAUUGCCUCUAUUAUUUUGAAUACACAACGGAUAAAGAGCCCAGGGGAAUCAUUCCAUUGGAAAACCUAAGCAUCAAGGAAGUUGAAGAUCCAAGAAAGCCGAACUGCUUUGAGCUGUACAAUCCCGGCCACAAAGGACAAGUGAUCAAAGCAUGUAAGACGGAAGCGGAUGGCCGGGUGGUCGAGGGCAACCACAUGGUGUACCGGAUAUCGGCUCCCACGCCCGAAGAAAAAGAAGAGUGGAUUAAAUCCAUCAAGGCAAGCAUCAGCAAGGACCCUUUUUAUGACAUGCUGGCCACUCGGAAGAGACGGAUUGCUAACAAGAAGUAGCGCUGUGGAAGGACUCUCGCCAUCCCGGUGUCCAGUGCCAAGGAAGCCUGUCUCAUCCCACUCCUUUCGGGAGUGUGAUGGAACCACAACUGAGCUGGACAUCUCCCGCUCCUCUUUUACUUGUUGGGGAUUGUGAUUCCUCGCGGUGUCCUGUCCUUCCUGGUAGAGAGAGAUCUUUUCCUCUGAGUCUUUCAGAGCUUACAUCCAGAGCUUGAAUCCAGAGCUUACAUCCAGACUGUCGUGCGUAACGUUGAAUCCCAUUGAUGUGGCUUGUGUGUGACCACACCUCUCUCUCAGCAAGAUGAUCCUGUUUGAAAAAGCUCUCCAGGAAGUUGCUUCCCCUCCCCAACUGGUAUCCCCCCCCCCAUUUGUUCCUCUUGGGUUUUAGCCCAGUCCUCCAUAUUGUCUUCUCCAAGAGGGUCUCGUUCCACUUCCAGGAAACUGGAUUGAAAGGAUCUGUGAUCCUUGCUUAAAAAAAAAAAGCUGUUUGAUGGCCGGUGAGGGGGAAAAUGACACCAUGAGCAUCACACCAUUGAUGUGGAAGUUGUGCCCCUUGUGCACGUGUCCACCUAAGAGAGGAAGAACGUGAGUUGUGGUGCUCGAGUAACUGUAGGUGUUGUGAAUCCAUCUCCGAUGAGCAUAAAGCCACCAGUGAAAAAUGGGUGAUCUGUUUUGGACGUACCAUCUUGAAACGCUGAGGAUUUUAAUCUCAAAGGAUUACAGGCCCAUCAAACACAUCCCUCCGUUUAGAAGACAUAAAACUUGAGGGAUUCCUUAAAGGAAAACAGGAGUUUUGCCAUUUUUAAAAAAAUCCAGCGGAUUGGAAAUCCUCUGUUGGCCAAAAGAAAAAUAGCUAAAUUUUUUAGUUUAGUUUAGUU